AUGGUUAUACUACGUUUCGUCCAGCGGAAAAGAUUGGUUUGCGACCAAAAGAGGUUUUGGUGGGAUGACUGGUUCAUACUUGCCGCUUUACUUUGCGCCUAUGGUUAUUUGGGCGGCGGCAUCGCGGCUAAGUACACUGGCUACCAUAUUACAGAAUACACCGUUGAGGAAUUGAAUGAUCUCAGCAAAGCCGCCCUUGUUGAAGAAACCCUUUACAGCACCAGCGUCGCGCUUUCAAAAGCCUCGUUGCUAUUCUUCUAUAGUCGCAUAUUUUCCGUGGACAAGACUCUGUUGCUCUCAUUCCGCGUGAUAGGCUUCAUGGUCUUCGGGUACUGUAUGGCUGCCGACUUUGGCGCUAUCCUUUCCAAACACCUCUCGGAGGCCGAGUGGAAUGUCACCCACCGUCACACAAGUAUCGACGACAUGGCCUUCUGGAUCUCAACGGCCGUAAUCAAUAUCUGCCUCGACGUUGUUAUCCUGGCUAUCCCUCAGAUCAAAGUUAGAAAAUUGCAUAUGUCACGAAGACGUAUGAUGGCUGUUCAAGGAGUUUUCUUGCUGGGAGCUUUGUAA